GUCUUCUACGCGUCACGCACACGUCGCACUGAGCCAUGUGCCGCCUUAAGGAUGACCUUCAUCCGUCCAUCCGUCCAUUUUCCACCGCCUAACACAUGAUACGCCCCGAAACAAGAUGGCCUCAUGUUUUGUAAACCCUAAUGACGUUGCCAAUAGGCUUUUUUCGGGCUUGUUGGACAGCCUGAACAUCAACGCUGAAGACAGCGCGCUGUACGAGGAGAAAGUAGAGGAAGUAGUUUCUUCAUUUCAGUGUCUCCAUUCGGCAAGGGGGUACGAAAGCUGCCUUGAAGCAGGCUCUCCAACCACCGAGUGUUUUCAAGAGGACAACCAAGGUGCGGUCAAAGCACCCUCUGGCCAAAAGUUUGGUCAUGUAGAAGGCAAGGACUGUGGCGAAGAAAAGGGAACCUCUCCUUCUUUGACACCAUCAUCUCCUGAAGAGGAAUCCUGUGAAUCCGUAGGAGUCCUGAAGUCCACCCAAGAACUCUUGGAACACAACAAUGGUUCUAUUGCAUCCUACCCAGCCUUGCCGUGCUUGGAUGACGACGUCCAGGGUGCAGCUAACUCAGCCGCCGGUGACCGCCGUGACAGUCUUAUUUCAAAAUCCAGGACGUCAUCAUCACAAGAGGAGCGGAACGAAGAUGUGUCCACAGCCUCCGCUUUUCAGGCAGCUGAUUCUACGGAGGGUUAUAUCGAUGCGGAACAAGAGGAGAGGGUGGAGUCAAAAUCCUCGAGCUGCUUCUCCAAAGAGGAGCACAGAGGAGAACCCUCACAUGUUGCCAAUGACAGGUUUUUGACUCAAGAAUCCUCAGGAAACGGAAACAGUCCUACCUCGGGAUCCUCGAGUGGCAGCCAGGGUGCUCGGAAACCAUCCUGGAGCAGUAGUGGUCACGAAUACGAUCAUGAGGAUUAUGAUAACAUCACACCAGAAGAAAAGGUGUCCGAGGAGCAGUAUGGGGAUGCAAAUCGUCAGGGGUUCAAUCCUGCAGAGGUCAGUAGUGACGAGGACCAAAGUAGACCAUCAAAAUCUUUGAGUCCGUCACCAAGGGCGGAGCAGAAAGGCAUUGGCACAUCACCUUUGGCAAAUUCUUAUCAAGAGUCAGAUCCUGCCAAGGUUGAUAGUGAAAGAGAGACUCCAUCAAAAUCUUUAAGCCCAUCCCCACGAGAGGUUCAAAAAGGAGAUAGAACACCGCCCUUCAGUAGUGAUGAGGAUGGGGAGAAACCAUCAAAAUCUUUAAGUCCAUCAAAAUCCUUCAGUUCAUUAAAAUCCUCCAGUCCAUCAAAAUCUUUAAGCCCAUCCCCACGAGAGGUUCAGAAAGUAGAUAGAACACCACUCUUUGGUAGUGAUGAGGAUGAGGAGAAACCAUCAAAAUCUUUAAGUCCAUCAAAAUCCUUCAGUUCGAUAAAAUCCCCCAGUCCAUCAAAAUCUUCAAGCCCAUCACCACGAGAGAAGCAGGAGUUAGAGCCUGUGGAGGUUAAUAGAGAUGAAGACAUGGAUAAACCAUCAAAAUGCUUGCGCUCAUCACCACACAACGGGUGGAGUCCAGGUGAAAAAACACUCUUGGGCUCUACUUGUCAUGAGUCAGAUCUUGUAAAGGUUGAUGAUGAUAAAGGGAAACCAUCAAAAUCCUCCAGUCCAUCAAAAUCAUUCAAUUCAUCAACAUUUUCGAGCCCAUCACCACGAGAGGAGCAGAAAGAGGACAGGACACCACCUUUUACCAGUUCUAGUCAGUACUCAGUUUCUGGAGAGGUCAAUGGUGAUGAGGACAAGGAGAAACCAUCACAAUCUUUGGGUACAUCACCACAAGAGGGGCAGAAAGGAGAAGGAACAUCACCCCUGACUUACUCUUCUCAAGAGUCAUAUCUGGUAGAUGUUGAUUGUAAAGAGGAGAUAGUGCCAAACAGGUUAUCAAAAUCUUUGAGUCCAUCAAAGAGAUUGUCUGUCCCUGAAGAGACCUUGAAUGUUAUGCAUGAUUCCUUUCAAGGAUCCUUUAGACAUGGAAGCAGCUCAGAACCGGUGAGCCACUCCCCAGCGGGUUGUGGCGACAACAUCCCGGGCCAACCACACUCGUGCUCCAGUGCUCAAGAAGUAGAUCAGGUGGAGAGUGAUGACGGUGUCAUACUAGAAGACAUGGUGUCAUCGAUUUGCUCCACCCGUACAUCUCGAGGUAAGGACCAGAACGAAGAAAUGUAUGCGUUUACUGAACAAGACCGCAAGCCAUCAACUCCAGAACGUAUAAGAGUUGACAGAGGUUCUCCAGCCUUCUCCCCUGAAGGCUUGGUACGCUUGGACUUUCAUUGUGUUGAAGACUUGGCAUUACAAUCUUUGAUCCCAUCCCUUUUAGAAAAGCGAAAUUCAAUUGAUACACCUGUCCCCACCUCUCAAGGGAAGGUGCUCAUGGAAGCAGACUGUGCAUCAAAAUCCCUGAGAGCUUCUACGGAGGUUGUUGCAGGCAUCAGUUCAGUUCCAGAAUUAUCACAACAUUUAAGUUCUGCGCCACCCGACCACACCGGAGAUAUCAAUGCUGGUGUCAUACUAGAAGACAUGGUGUCAUCGAUUUGCUCCACCCGUACAUCUCGACGUAAGGACCAGAACGAAGAAAUGUAUGCGUUUACUGAACAAGACCGCAAGCCAUCAACUCCAGAACGUAUAAGAGUUGACAGAGGUUCUCCAGCCUUCUCCCCUGAAGGCUUGGUACGCUUGGACUUUCAUUGUGUUGAAGACAUGGCAUUAAAAUCUUUGAGCCCAACCCUUUUAGAAAAGCGAAAUUCAAUUGAUACACCUGUCCCCACCUCUCAAGGGAAGGUGCUCAUGGAAGCAGACUGUGCAUCAAAAUCCCUGGAAGCUUCUACGGAGGUUGUUGCAGGCAUCAGUUCAGUUCCAGAAUUAUCACAACAUUUAAGUUCUGCGCCACCCGACCACACCGGAGAUAUCAAUGCUGAGGCUACUAUGGAACCAACCCACAUCUCCUCUUGUCUGGAAAUCAGACACAAACUCAAAAAUGCAUCAAAGUCUUCCCCGCAAGAGAACAUCAGUUCGGUGACACAACUUCUGGAGAAGCUCUUUUGUGAUGCUCUAGAAACCUGUUCCAGCACCUUAUUUCAGACUUUAGUUAGUCAGGUAGAUGCCAAUGGUGCUACUAUGAAUGCAGGCAGGCCUUCAAGAAGACCAGUAAAGAAACCACCACGGACAAUGAGAUUAGCUGAAGAUGUCAAAGACACAAUCGUUGAAUCUAAAUCAGAUGUUAGACCCGAGAAGGCUGCUUCGAGUCCGGAGGUAACUGCAACUUUGGACAGUAUUGUUCAUGUUGAACACGAUGGAGGAACAGCUUCAACAACCAAAAGUGUAUCUUUGCGGACAGACUCUUCUGCAGAACUCUCCGGACAUGGGCGAUUGACCGCAGACAUACCGGAAGAACAUCCUGAAAAUGCCACGGCAACCUUGCUAAGCUCUGGCGAGACCACAGAGGACUUUAAAGAUGUCUUAUUAAGACGGAACAAGCGCAAAGUACACCCAGUUGGGUCUGAGAAGGACGCCAGCAAGCACACUUGUCCAUACCGUCUUUUUAAGGUCUUGCAGAAGACCACAAUGUCAAAAGAAAACAUUCAGACCUCAAAAAAAAAACAUUUUACUCCUGAAGCUCCUGAGAGCAUGGAGAAGAGAGAGACUUCAAAAGUCUUUCAAACGUCCGCAAGGAAAAGUGACGUUCAUAGUUCAGAACCAGGAUCACUUGUAGCAGAGGCAUCUUUGCCAAACAGUAACACAGGACACUACAUGCAAAAGCUGAAGAAGUUCUUUGCGAGGUUGGGUAGCUGCAGAGUCUGGCCAAAUAAGAGCACCGUGCAUGAAGACAACAAGAUAGAUGCUCCGGCGAAAGAGCAGCGACAUCAGACUAAAACAUCUUCUUUGAAGAGUUUUCAGAAAAGAAUUGGGACAGGAUGAACAAUAAGUGAGACACUUUUUGAGGUCUUUAGUCAACCUCGUCUCGUUAUGAUGACUGAGGAUUGAUGGUGACUUGCGUGUAAAACAAUGCUUUCUUACCGUGAUAGGUAACAGGACUGUAAGAAACAUUAGUCCAGACUGCGCAGGUCAGUUCUGUAUUUGGUCUGUUUGCCAAAAAAACAUGCUAAUCCCAACAUGAAAAGGAAAGCCCGAAAAGAUCAGGCUGGUUGUUGAUAUCAGUCAGAUAUCAACAUGUUAACUUUAUCAGAUGACAAAAAUGGAAAAUGCAAUUUAGGUAGCAGGACUUUAAGAAGCAUUAGUCCAGAGUUUGUAGGUCGGUUCUGUAUCUCUCAGCCUGAGAAGAUCAGGUUGGUUGUUGAUAUCUGCUAGAUAUCCACAUAGUGACUUCAGUCAGAUGAUAAAUAUGGAAAAUAAAUGUUUCCACACAUGCCGACCCUUAUUUCUAGCCUUUGUGGUAUUUCGGACGUUUUUCCACAGCAAACUUACAACCUUCUGCCUACUACCAACUACUUACUGCCUACUACCUAUUAACUAACUACUUACUACAUACAACCUACUACCUCGCAAAAGUAUUCACCUUCCUUGAACUUUUCCAUAUUUUGUCAGAUUACAACAGCAAACAUCAAUAUAUUUUAUUCACAAUUUAUAUGAAAGACCAACACAAAGUGGUAUACGAUUGUUAGGUUGAAAAAUAAGUACAAAUGACUCAAAACAUUUUUUUACAUAUAAAAAACUGAAAAGUGCAAUGUGCAAAAAUAUUCAGCCCCCAUCUCUCGGAGUGCAGCUGAUUGCUUUCAAAGGUUGCCUGAUGAUUGAUAAUGACUAAAUACUGUCCGCCUGUGUGUAAUCUCAUCUGAGUACAAAUUCUUCUGUUCUGUGACCGACUCAGAGGUUUGUAUAAAGAAUAUUGGGGAGCAAACAGCAUCAUGAAGUCCAAGGAACACACCAGACAGGUUAGGAAUAAGAUUGUGAAGACGUUUAAAGCAGGCUUAGACUGUACAAUGCUUUCCCAAGUUUUGACCAUCUCAAGGAGCACUGUUCAAUUCAUCAUCUAGAAAUGGAAAGACUAUGGAACAAACUGUAAACCCACCAAGACAAGGACGUCCACUUAAACUUACAGGCCGAACAAGGAGAGCACUUAUUAGAGAUGCAGCAAAGAGCCCCAUGGUGACUCUGGACCAAGUGCAUAGAUCCACGGCGCAGGUGGGGGAGUCCACAGGACUAGUAGUCGUGCACUGCACAAUUGUGGUUUUAAAGGAAGAGUGGCAAGAAGAAAACCAUUGUUAAAACCAGAAGAAGUUUGCCAGAAGCAAUGUUGGGGAAACACCAAACAUGUCAGACGAGACCAAAAUUGAACGUUUUAGCCAAAAUGCAAAACGCUAUGAGAACUAACUCUGCACGUCACUCUGCACACACCAUCCCCACGGCAAUUAUGAUGGUGGCAGCAUCAUGCUCUGUGGGUGCUUCUAUUAAGCAGGGACAGAGAAGGUGGUCAGAGUUAAUGGAAAAAUAGAUGGAGGGAAAUACAGGGCAAUCUUGGAAGAAAACCUGUUGGAGUCCGCCAAACACUUGAGACUGAGGGCGGAGGUUCACCUAACAGCAGGACAACGACCCUAAAUAUAAAGCCAGGGCUACAAUUGGAUGGUUUAAAACAAAUACACAUUCAUUUGUUAGAAUGUCCCAGUCAAAGUCCAGACCUAAAUCCAAUCGAGAAUCUAUGGCAAGAUCUGAAAACUGCUGUUCACAAACUCUCUCCAUCUGACUCAACCUGAGCUGUUUUGCAAAGAAGAAUAGGCCAACAAUUCAUUCAGGAGAUUGGCAAAGCUGGUAGGGACAUAUUUGGGCAGGG